CGGCCUGUCUGAAUUGAAUAUCACCUUGUCUCCUUUUUACACCAAUACAUACACAAAAUGGUUGCUCUUACUAUCCCCAGCGAAUAUGGUUAUGUUGUUGCCACCGGUGUCGCAUCCGCCUUCUUCAUCACCUAUCUUGGCUUUAAGGUUGGUGGCGCCCGCAAGGCUGCUCAGAUCCCUUACCCUUACAUGUACGCUGAGAAGUCUGAGGCCGAGAAGGACGCUAAGAAGAACGUCUUCAACUGCACCCAACGUGCUCACCAGAACACCCUCGAGGGCUAUCCUAUGUUCUUGACUUUGUUGUUCACCGGUGGUCUUGGUUUCCCCACCGUUUCUGCAGCUGCUGGCGCUGUUUACUUGGCUGGUAAAUUCUUCUACGCUCAAGGUUACUCUACUGGCGAGCCCGCUAAGCGCAUGCGUGGCUCCUUCGCCUACCUCGGUCUCUUGACCUUGCUUUACACUUCCUCCAUGACCGCCUACAACCUUCUCAACUAGAUGUAUUCACCCUUACAUAUGACCGACUAAGCAAAAAAGCGGUUUUAAUGCAAUUUAUAUAAACGAGAGCAGACUGUCUUUUGGCUAGCUGUCUCUGAAUCUACUAAGUAUUUCACUUUGACGAGUUACAGUUGGUGCU